GUCUGGAGUCACCGUCCGGUUUUCCUGCUACAACCAUUAACGCAGUCCUGGUGUAGUUUACUGGUCCUCGCCACGGUGUGCUUUAACGUGUCGAACCCACGGCCACGCUCACACCGGUGAGUGGGGGGGGGUUUGGUGUGUGGGGCCUGGGGGAGAGGGAGGACGUUGUUACCGGGCUCCUCGGCUAGCUAACAAAUGAAUCCGUACGUGAUGGAAGCUUUCCCCGGGGGCCCCGAGUCCACCGCCACGGCCGCCGCCGUGAACACCGAGUCAAAGUUAGGGUUAGCAGCAGCCAUGCAGUGAAGAGGUUUAAUAUCCGAUGGAGGACACCGUGGCAGGGCUACUCGCUGAUUUAUAUUAUUCAGCUAUAAUGCCUUUUUUUGGACUGCGCUUGUAGAAGGCUUUCACCAUGGCUUCCUGGAAGGUGGAUGAGCAACCAAGUGACACCAUGGAUUUGGCUUUGGCCUCUGCACAGCUUUCCCGGUGCGGCCCAGAUGACAUCACGGAAGAACCUCAGCCAGAUACAAUGAAUGCUGCGGUGAAAUCCCAGAAAUCUGGGAAAUUUAGGAGGACCGCCCUAACAUUUUUUGGAGUUCGUAAAAGCAUGUGUAUUCUUCCUAGUUUUUUUGGAGGAAGGAGUAAAAAUCCGAGCAAGUGGACUUCUAAGAAAGGAAUCAGCAAAAGCAGUACACACGAUGGGCUGAGUAAAGUCAGUCAUGAUGAUAAUGUGAGCCGUCGGUGCACCUCAGCUAGAGAUUGUGAGCACCUUAGUCAGAAGGACUCCACUGCAGGGCUCCACACUAGCUGUCCCAAUGAAUGUAGUCACUCCAAUGCGGACCAGAAAUCACUAACUCUACCCCGGCAGAGAAGGGGUUUGAGGAGCCUUUUUCAAAGUUUUAAGUCUCACAGAAACCACAGAAAUGUGGGAUUGGAUAAAACAGAGAUGAUUGCCAUGUCCUCUCCUCGCUGCAAGAAAGAGGUGCCUGUUGUCCAGGACAACGAUGACCAGUAUGUCACAGAGUGCCUGGAUUCUGAACCAGAUGUGCCUGAUUCUGCAGAUGUUACAUGCAAUGUUUCCAUCGGCGCCGAAUGUACCGACGCUGACGAGAUUCCGUCGGAGAAGAGUGUGGAGCGAGGCAGCACCAAGUCUGAGCUUGACGGAGAGACGUGUGACGAGGAGACGGAGGAGAUAGAUUCGAUGCCCGUGGCUCCAAGCGAACUGAAGGACUGUAUGAGAGGACACAGCGAGCCUUGUCUGAAGCUUCAGGCGGCGUCCAAGCCCACGCCGGAAAAGUCGGAAACGCCAGCCGGCUCGUCAGAGCAGCUGAACCUGAUUUAUGGAGACGUUGCUUCGUUGAAGAGCUUUGAUUCCCUCACCGGCUGUGGGGACAUCAUUGCGGAUCAAGAAGAAGACGACAGCAUCACGGAGAGCUCUGUGUCCGGAGAAAGGAGCAGAAGCGGAGGAAAGCGGGCCUCUUGUUAUCUCACGUACCAGGGUGGCGGCGAGGAAAUGGCUUCACCCGAGGACUUGGACGAGGAGUGUCUCCACGACUUCUGGGUUACUAAUGCGUCGGAGGACAUCUGCUGCACUUACAGCCAAGAGCACACGGAUUUGACUGCCGAGCUGACGAGUUCUCACAAUAUGGACUUGUUGAACAGCAACAGCGCGCAGCAAGGCAGUGGCAUGGACGCGUCUUCCAUUGCUGACGUGCUAACGCCUCAAAGUGAGCAUCAAGAAUCCGUUCCGACUAGCGACGAGGGCUACUAUGACUCAACGACGCCAGGUCUAGAGGACGGACAGGACAAAGCGGACGGGCUAAGGCCGGAGAGGCUCCCCAGGGACAGUUACAGCGGCGACGCCCUCUACGAACUUUUUGCACCCGACGAGAGUCUCAUCAGCCCCCAUUACGAGAGCAAGUCCAAACUGGCCAGUUCCAAACAGUGCGAGUAUUUGAGCCAACCCGCCGAUGCGACCGACUCUGCCUUUGUCCCGGACAUGAAUCGGUUACAGAUAAGCAGGGAAAUGUACGAGGUGCGAGACUUUCUGGAGAUGCCGAUCGCGUGCAGCAAGGCCUCGGAGAUGCCGCUAUCUAUGAUCGGUCGGCAAGAAAUGGGCAUGAUGAAGAACUGCAACGUGGUCGCUUCAUUCAAAAGGAACGACAUGGACCGAGAUGUGUUCGAUGAAAAGGGAAAUAAGCUCUCUUCUACCGAGAAAAGAAGAAAAUCCAUAACUGCCGACUUUGAGAAGAGACACAGCAGCGUGUCGUUCGGAAGCACGUCCGACCCGGAUUUUGAAACCUUUUGCGAACCCAAAGAGCAACACCUCGAGGAGAACAAGCCCGUGGCUCUGCCAUACAAGAACAUCAACUCUCGGUCCCCCGCAGAGAGCCCCGAUGUGGACGACCGGCAGACUGUGUGUUUCUCUCAGGCACUGGUGGACUACACAAAGCGCUCUCAGAUGCUGCGCGCCUCGGACCGCGGCGCGGACAACACGGAGGCGAACCCCACCUUCACGCCGAACAUGCAGGCCCUGCCCACCAUCGUCACGUUCGACGUGGUGGACAUGCACAACGAGGGUGAAUACGACGAGCAGAUUCACAUGGAGCUGGAGGAGGACAUUUCGUCGCCCUAUCGGGGGUUCGAGGAAAGCUACACGCAGAAAGACGCAUUCACUGAAUGUGACUAUCAAAUGUUGGACCUGUACGAGCAGAACCUGGCCGGCGGUACGUGGGCGAUCGCGAGCCUCCCGCGGCACGCCGGCCUCAAAAGAGUGAGCCAAAUAGCGUCCAGUCCGCUGUCUCUAGACAGAAGGAGCAGGUCUCUGGACACGGACAGUGUCGAACUGAAGAUGCCCGACCGAUGCCGAGAGAACGCCGCUGCUUUUCCCCCCACCGAGAGGGACCCCGAAAGAGAUUCCUCGCCGUAUUGCAAAAAGAAUGUACUCGCGUCGGAGGUCAGAGUCGGCAGCAGCAUUGUGGCCUUUUCAUGGCAAACAAGGUCAGAGAUGGCUUUGAGCCUUCCCCUAACGGACAGAGAAUUCAACGGGAAAGUUCGGAGUCUCAGUCGAACACCAGUCAAACGGCAAAUGUUUUACGGCAGCGACCGUGCCAACAGUAAAUCGCAACUCGGCUGCUCGACUCCGUCGGGGCGAGCGCCCUGUGGUCCGACUUUGCAGAGCAGAGAGCCGUGCAACAGGCUGUGUCACCUUCCGUUGCGGUCAGAUUCUGGUUUGCCUCAUGUAUAUUCUGGAGUAACGGACGACGGGUCGAAGGGUGUCGUUGAAAAGGACAUUUUUUGUAACGCCGCUAAUUUGCAGUCCUACAAUCGGUGUGCUAAAACGGGAGGGACGUCCCAUGCAGCGGGUCCUUCGGACGCUGGCGCGUCUCGAGGUGAAACGGCCGCAGCCAGAGAUGUGGCCGGAGCCAACCUUUGAGCAACAGGGUCCUGGAGUUUUAAAUCCAAUUUCUUUGUGCUAAUGAGUUUUUUUGUUAUGUCACUUCCAAAGCAGCAAAUGUUGCUUUCUUUUCUACUUUUAUCACAUUAAUUGGAAAAGUCAAUGUACCUUGUUAGAGAUGUGAGAGUCGUAAUCAUUGGGAAGGUCAAAGGAAUUGGCGCACACACACACACACACACACACGUCAAUCUAUUGAAAGUGCUUAAGCAAGUAAUACUUGUAUUUGCUUUGAAAGUGCUCACAGAUUCAUCUCAUUAAGCUGUUGAAUGUUACAAGAAUGUUUCGUGCCCACGCCUAGCCUCAGUGUCCAGGUCUCAUUAUUAAGGUCACGCUUUGUUUAUUGGAUAUUCAUUAGUCCUGUUUCCAUAGCAAAGCCAAACGGGGCGAGCUGAGUCCUGCUUUCUUUGCCAGUUGCCCCAAAUCGCGCACGCUUAUGCUUUAAGUGCUGGCUUAUAUUUACUACGUAUCUCACAGCCUUUCUUUACUCCAAUGUUCUAUUUCUAGCUGGUUUCUUGAUGUUUCUCAUGUCAGAACAGAUUGGGUUGAAGAAACAGCGGAAGGAUAUAUGAAUUCCCAGGGAGGAACAGUCUUGUCCAUAAUGCAAAACGUGUGUUGGAAUGCAUUAAGCUGUUGUACUUGUCUUAAUUGCAAAAUGUCUGACAACGAGUUCUCCCUCUGAACCCCGAACAGCAUCAGCAUACCCUGGACCUGUAGGGACGGAACGGUAGUUCCUGCACCUCAACUGCAGCUGCAUAAGUCAUUUACAUACUGUGGACGGCUUCAAGGCAUCUAGUAACCAUAGCACAUUUCUCAUGAAGUUAUCCUGUGUGAUAACGUCAAAUAAAUAUUAAAGGGAAAAUAGAGGAAAAAAUGACAACUUAGAUGACAAUAAUCUCAAAUGUGCUGUUUAACUUGUGGCUCAACCAACUGAAUGGGUCUCAGUAUGCCUGUUCUGUCUCCAAUUUGCCAACAGCUUGACCACCUGUCAAGUUAAAUUCUUGCUGAAAUGAUGGUCUACAUUACUGUACGCUUGUGAAAACGUAGUUGAACUUUGUUUAGAUUUUGAAAUUACACGUCAAAAGUGAAACUGGUGUUUUUUCCUUGUAUCAUUUGCUUGUGCAUUUCAUUUUUAAUCAGUCAGAGGUCAAACUUUCGAUGUAUUUUUUUGUAGUGUAAUACUGACCAAAUGUCGAAGAAUUUGUAUUUAUAUUCCCAGCUAUUUGUACACUGUUAACAUUGAAUCAGAAUGAUGAUUACAAAAAGUCAAUAUGGUUCCUGUUUUUUAUUAAGCUGCAUCCAUGUUACUUUAGGGCAUUCCUCUUGAAAACCUGUUACUAUUUUGUCACAGUAGAAUACUGCCUUAUACAAAAAUAAAAUGUUUUUUUCCCCCCA